CGCUAUUCACCCCCCCUCUAGUGUUGGGCCUUUAUUCUAACAAUUGCUAUCAGAGCCUUACUCUCUGUAAGACUUAACCGUUUGAGAGAAACGAUCAAUGGCUUCUACUCAAAGUUCAUACGCAGGUUUAGGUGAAGGGCAAUCCACCACAAGGCCUCCGUUGUUUGACGGAACGAACUACACCUAUUGGAAGGAGCGGAUGAGGAUUUACAUCCAAUCCACCAACUUUCUCCUUUGGAGAAUUAUCAAGAAUGGUGAAGACGUGCCAAUGAAGAAGGUCGGGGAAACCAACGUCCCUAAGACCGAGAAUGAGUAUGAUGCACAAGACAUCAAGAAAAUGGAAAACAAUGCCAAGGCCAUCAAUAUCAUCUAUUGUGCCGUAAACCCGGAUGACUACCGGAAGAUCUCUUGUUGCACCACCGCGAAGGAAAUGUGGGAUAAACUAGAAAUCACCUACAAAGGUACGGAUCAAGUCCAAGAAGCUAAAAUUGAUUUUCUAACCCAUGAAUAUGAAUUAUUUCGUAUGAAGGAGAAUGAGAAAAUCGAUGAGAUGUUUAAACGAUUCUCCAAAAUCGUCAAUGAUCUCCAUGCUCUCAAGAAGACGUACACGGACAAGGAGCUUGUGAGAAAAAUCCUGCGAAGUCUCACACCGGAGUGGCACUCCAAAGCCGAUGUCAUCCAAGAGUCCAUUGGCAUCACCAACGUCACCAUUGACGGGCUUAGAGGUAACCUCAAAACCUAUGAGUCUACCAUUUUAUUCCCCUCUUUAGGUGAACAAAAGAAGAAGGGGAUUGCACUCAAGGCUUCCUCAAGCCAAGAACCCGCCAUGGAGGAAUCGAGCGAUGAAGACAACGAGUUCGGGCUCGUUAUCAAGAAAUUCCACAAGUUCAUGCGCAAGGAGUAUAAACGAAAGGGUAAAAAGCAUGGAGGACCACCCAAGUGCUAUGGGUGUGGAGAAGUUGGGCAUAUCAAGCCAAAAUGCCCAAAUUCCAAAAACGAGAAGGAGAAGAAACCGUUCAAGAAGCACCGAGCUUACAUCUCGUGGGGAGGUGAUUCCGGCGAUGAAUCAUCGGAAGGCGGAGAAAAUGAAAGCGCCAACCUUUGCCUCAUGGCACACGAGGAACCACCGGAAGAGGAAGAAGACAGAGAGAACGGCUUCUCCACCGUCUACGAGAUAGUUCGAGAGAUCGGAGAUGAAAAUCGAGAGCCGUUUUUUCUCAGAGCUGUCAACAUCGAGUCCAUCUCUCGCCUCUACACAGCGGAGACGGCGCCGGAUUGGUUGAGGACGACGAUGAGCAGAACGGCGGCGAUAAAUCCAGAGCUCUUUCAGCUAAUCUCCUCCUUGGAUGGAUUGAUGGUCAUGAAGCAGCCCCGGCGCCAACUAUCUCCAAAAACGAUAAAACCGUCCCUAAUCCAGAGUAUACCUCCUGGACCAUCGUUGACACACAGAUCCGCGCCUGCCUCCUAGCGGUCAUCAGCCCCUCCGUUCACAAACAUGCUCGCGGCUUCACCACAUCUGCUGCCCUCUGGGAUGCUUU